AUGGCUAGAUCGAGAAAAUCCAAGGUUCACGAAGAUGUGGAUUUAGAUGAAGUAGAUGCAUUUGAUGCAAAUAAAGAGAAGAUAUUGUUAAAUGAAGCAGGAGAUUACAGACCAAGAAAUGGUGGACAUGAGGACGAAUCAUCGGAUGAGGAAGUUAUGGAAUUAGGUGAAGAAAGUGAAGGAUCUGAUUCAGAAGGUGCCGAGGAAGGUGACGAAGGUAACUCGCAGGAUGAAGAGGAAGAAGAAGCAGAAGAAGAAGAAAAAGGAUGGGGUGGCAGACAAAAUUAUUAUGGAGGUGAUGAUGCUAGUGAUGACGAAGACGGGAGACAAAUGACUGAAGAGGCUAUAAAACAACAAAAGAAGCAUUUAAGCGAGUUAGCGAUGGAUGAUUAUGUUGAUGAUGAGAUGAUGAAUGAUUGGCAAAAAGUUACAGAGGACUUUGAAAAGAAGGAUGAUAACAAAUUGCAGUUGGUAAUCAACGAAGGGGAUUCUGAUGCGUUGGAUAACCUAGACGAUAAGGAGAAGUUGAAGCUUUUGAACACGUCAUUCCCGGAAUUUGUUCCAUUGUUGAAGGAAUUAAAUGCGUUGAAACCCAGAUUAAUCCAAUUACAGGAACAGGAACGGAACAAUUUAAUAGAACUUAAAAUCGUGGCCUUGUCCGCAUAUUUGAGUGCUAUAACGUCAUACUUUGCUAUUUUUGUGGAUAACUUGAAGAGUGGAGAAACAUUUGCUACUAUGAAAGAUAGUCCUGUAAUGGAGAGCAUUUUACAAUCGAGGGAAGUUUGGAGACAAGCCAACGAAUUACCUGAUAUGUCUGCCAACGAAAAGACACUUGAUGAUGCGAACGAAGUUUAUGAUUCCAUCGAAGAAGAUGAAAUAUCCGAUGAAGAAGAAAACUUCGUGGAUGCGAUGGGUGAUAAUGAAGAAUUACAAGAUGAAAGUGAAGAAUCUGACGAAGAAAGCGAAGAAGAUGAAGAUCAAGAAUUUGAUAUUGAUAUCAAUUCAAAGCGUAACCUUAAAUUACCAUCUAAAAAGAAGGCUGUAGUUAAUGACUUCACUGAAGUUGCCACACCAGAAGAAGUUGAUAUGGAAGAGAAGCAACGCCGUAAGCGUACCUUACGUUUCUACACUUCUAAAAUUGAUCAAGCUGCAGCAAAGAAUAACCGUGAACGUUUGACCGGUGACUUGGAUUUACCGUAUAAAGAAAGAUUAUUCGAGAGACAACAAAGACUUAUUGAAGAAGCAAGAAAGAGAGGUUUGGGUGAAGACAAAGCCCAACUUGGUGACGACUUGGAUAAUGAAGAAGUUGGAUCUGGUGAUGAACAGCUUGCAAACGAAAUCAAUGAUAUCAAGGACAGUGGUGAUGAUUAUUACGAAAGCAUGAAGCAAAGCAAAAUUCAGAAACAAGAAUCUCGUCGUAAAGCCCACGAGGAUGCAGUGCAAGCGGCCAAGGAAGGCAAAUUGGACGAAUUACAAGAUGGAUUGGGUGACGACGGAAAGAGAGCUGUCAAUUUCCAAAUUCUUAAGAACAAGGGUCUUACUCCUCAUAGAAAGAAGGACAACAGGAACUCAAGAGUUAAGAAGAGAAAGAAGUAUGAAAAGGCUCAAAAGAAACUUAAAUCUGUUAGGCAAGUUUAUGACUCGAGCAACAGAGGUCCUUACCAAGGUGAAAAGACUGGUAUUAAGAAAGGUUUGUCUAGAUCUGUUAAAUUGGUUUAA